AGUGAGGGCAACGCCUCACAACACCGGGAAUCUCUCUCUCGGUCUCCAUCUCUUCCACAUAUUCCCCUCCCUCUACACCCUCCUCUUUCUACUGCCUAUGAAGCGUAAAAAAAUCCAAAGGACUCUCAUUCCCUAUCCAGUCUUCUGUAUGUGGCUGAGGAGUGCCUUCCUAUUUCAGGCAAUUCUUUCAUCCAUAAUUCAGCUUUUUUUCCCCCCUCCUCCUGUCUCCUCCUACGGUUGCAUCUUUACCCUCUAAAGGAUGACUCGGUGACUGGAAUCCGACGUUUUGCCUCUCGAUUCUUCGGGAGACAGCCUCUUGUAGAGGAGCUAUCUUUGUUCUUGCGCUCACAGCUGCUGAGUGUACAGUAGCUACUAGUGGGGAAAUAGGUUAGUGUGCCUAUUCAGUGGCAGACAGCAGAGGUGACUGCGUGUUCAGUGCACGGAGGAGAUGAAGAGGAAGGGGUUGCCUUUCUGGCGGUAGCACUCUCCAACCUCUGCGGCCGUUCACAGAGAAGGUGACUGGAAUGUUCCCGACCUUCAGUGGGAGUGUCAGCGACUGAUUUCAGGACAGACAAAGAAGAGAACACCUGAGACCGGACUUUUCUUUUCUCCUUUUUUUAUUUUUGAUUGUUGUGCACAUAACAGGACUUUAUCUGCAUCCUUCGCCAUGGACAUCAACCUUCAGUCGCAUCGAUUUUACUUCCCCCAGAUCUACUGCGCUGAACCCGGCGUGCAGCCACAGCUCGCCGAGUUCAAAGUCAGUGAGCAGAGUAUCUGCCAGGCGCGGGCCUCUGUCAUGGUCUACGACGACACCAGCAAGAAGUGGGUCCCCAUCAAGCCGGGCCAGCAAGGCUUCAGCCGCAUCAACAUCUACCACAACACUGCCAGCAACACCUUCAGAGUGGUGGGCGUCAAGCUGCAAGACCAGCAGGUAGUUAUCAACUACUCCAUAGUGAAAGGCCUCAAGUACAACCAAGCCACCCCAACCUUUCACCAAUGGAGGGACGCCAGGCAGGUCUACGGCCUCAAUUUUGCCAGCAAGGAGGAGGCCACCACCUUCUCCAACGCCAUGCUCUUCGCCCUCAACGUACUCAGCGCUCAGGAUGGAGGUCCAGCUCUCCAGCGGCAGGUCCAGAACGGCCCCACUUCGGACGAGAUCGACGCUCAGAGAGCGAGGCAGAUGAUGGAACAGCAGCAGCAGAUGCAGGCGCACAUGGAGCGGGAACGACGGUCCUCCAACUCAGGUUCUCCUUUCCAAGGCCACCCUGCUGUGCUCUCCGUAGCCCCACCUGUAGUACCUCCACCCGUAAACAUGGGUGGCCCUCCCCCUCCUCCGCCGCCACCGGGCCCCCCGCCACUGUCAGCGGUGGCCCCUCCUCUUCCUCCUCCGCUGCCUAUAGGAGGAGGCAGCCAGGGGGACGAGGGCCCCGCGCCAACCGGCCUCGCCGCAAUGAUCGCUGGAGCCAAACUUCGCCGUGUCCAAAGGCUGUCUAAAGUAAGUUCUGUGUGUCAGCCUGAGGACGGCUCUUCAGGUACCAAAAAUGAAGCCAAUCGAACGAGUGGAGGAAGUGGAGGACUGAUGGAGGAGAUGAACGCUCUCCUGGCCAGAAGAAGGAAAGCGGCUUCAGAGAAGCCUGACGACAGCCAAAACGAUGAUGCAAACUCUUCGUCGCCCAACACUCGGGGUGCGCAGAAUUCCACAGACGGUGCGAAGAAGCCCUGGGACCGAGCGAACUCUGCGGACAGGUCGAUGGUUUCGAGGUUACGAACAGCAGGAAGUGUCAGCGACACAGACUCGUUAGAUCUCGACAGGAUGAAGCAGGAAAUCUUGGAUGAGGUUUUCCGCGAACUGCACAAAGUGAAGGAUGAAAUCAUUGAUGCCAUUAGAAAUGAACUCAGUCGAGUUAGCACGACAUAAACUUUGAGAGCUGAAUCGCUUUCUCAAACCAUUGCCCCCUGCAGCCGCUGCUGAGGCCCUGAAGACGACGAGGAGGAAGAGGAGAAGUCAGGAACAGAGGCCCAAACUGUGACAUCCAGUCGUCGUGUUCAGCGAUGCGGCGCCGUUACUGUAACGCCUCGGCCGCGUCUGCGUAACAUUUGGUUUGUUUGUUUCUACCGUGAAAAAGGGCCACAUUCUCGCACUGAUUGCUCCGUUUUGUUAACAUGUUUAGUCUGUUUGUCUGCCCGUCUCUCCUCUCUGCCUUUGGUCCAAAGGAAAUUUAUGAAAUAUAAAAUUAUUUUAUUGGAUUUUUUUGUUUUUUCUUUUUUUUUCUUUUUGGAGUUUAUUUAAAAUAUUUUUUGUUAAUAUAAUUUUUCCAUUAUUAUUAUUUCUAUUAUUUCUAUCAUUCUAAUGAUAAAAUUAUAGGUAACAAUGUUUUAUUGCACAUCAAUGUAAGUCGGGGAUUUUUUUUGUAUUUUAUACAUUGUUUAUAUUAAGUUUUGUUUGAGUUACAUUCACAAGCAGUCUCUCUUUUUUUUUUGCUUUUCACCACCUGACCUGAAAUAUUAUAAUUAUGUUUAAUUUUUCUUUUUUAGUUAUUUUUCCCUUUCACCAACACCAAGUACAUUUGGAACCACCACAGAAACUUUUU